AUGCUUGCUCUGCUGCGCCAUAAAGCUCGACGCCUCUGCCUCCCUCAUUCCCAGAUCAAGACUCCAGCUCUCGCUGCUCUCCCCCUCCUCACCUCUCCUCGGCUCUCCAGUCGCGUAGGAGCGAGCGACCGAUCCGUUUCUGCGUCUCCCGCGCUCAUUCCUCCGCUUCCGCGAGAUUUAAUUGCCAGAACCAUGGUGAACGAGGACAAAUGGGAGCUGAAGCCUCAUCCCGUGAUUCCCCGCGGGAAGCCGCUCGUGUUUAUGAUCCUCGACGGAUGGGGAGAGAAUGUCGAGGACGACUAUAACGCGAUCUACAAGGGCAACUGCCCGCACAUCAAGGCGCUGCGCGAAAACCGCCCCAACCGCUGGCGCACGAUCAAGGCGCACGGGAAGGCCGUGGGGCUGCCGAGCGAUGGCGACAUGGGGAACUCGGAAGUCGGGCACAACGCCAUGGGCGCGGGGAAGGUCAUCAACCAGGGAGCUGCGCUCGUGGACGCCGCUCUCGAGACGGGCGACAUGUUCAAGAGCGAGGGCUUUAACUACGUCAAGGAGGCGUGGGACAACGGCGGCACGCUCCACAUGAUCGGCCUACUCAGCGACGGCGGCGUGCACUCGCGCUACGACCAGGUGAUCGGCACCAUCCACGGCGCGUGGGAGCGCGGCGCGAAGCGCGUGCGCGUGCACGUGCUGACGGAUGGCCGCGAUGUGCCGGACGGGUCGUCGCUGCAGUUCGUGGCGCAGCUGGAGAAGGAUCUCGAGCUGCUGCGCGCGCAGGGCUGCGACGCCAAGAUCGCGUCUGGUGGUGGCCGCAUGCGCGUCACCAUGGACCGUUACGAGGCGGACUGGAAGAUCGUGGAGCGCGGGUGGCACGCGCACGUGCUGGGCGACGCGCCGUUCAAGUUCAAGUCGGCUCUCGAGGCGCUGAAGAAGAUCAAGGAGGACGACCCGAGCGUGAACGACCAGUACUACCCGCCGUGGGUGAUCGUGGAUGACGAGGAGAAGCCCGUGGGACCCGUUGUCGAUGGCGAUGCCGUUGUCAUCUGGAACUUCCGUGCGGAUCGCGUGGUGCAGAUCUCCAAGGCCUUUGAGUACCCCGACUUCCACCAGUUCGACCGCGUGCGCGUCCCCAAGGUGCACUUUGCGGGCAUGAUGCAGUACGACGGGGAUCUCAAGCUGCCCGCCAAGUUCCUUGUCGCGCCGCCUGUCAUCGAAAACACCUCCGGGCAGUACCUCGUGAAGAACGGCGUGCGCACCUUCGCAUGCAGUGAGACACAGAAGUUUGGGCACGUGACGUUCUUCUGGAAUGGCAACCGGUCGGGCAAGCUGGACGAUGAGUUGGAAACUUACUACGAGGUGCCCAGCGACAAGUGCCCCUUCAACGAGAAGCCCAAGAUGAAGGCCCGGGAGAUCGCCGCUGCGUGCAAGGAGGCGAUUCUGUCGGGGAAGUAUGACUACAUUCGGCUGAACCUGGCGAACGGCGACAUGGUGGGGCACACAGGCGUGUUUGACGCCGUGCUGGAGGCCUGUGAGGCUGUGGACGGCAGUGUCAAGGAGCUGCUGGAGGCGGUGGAGCAGGUGGGCGGCAUCUAUUGUCUGACAGCGGACCAUGGGAACUGCGAUGACAUGGUGCAGCGCAACAGCAAGACCCACCAGCCCAUCCUUGGACCGGAUGGCAAGCCAGAGCCCCUCACCUCGCACACUCUCGCUCCCGUUCCUAUCGCCAUUGGUGGUCCCGGGCUCCCAGCAAACAUCAGGUUCCGCCAGGACAUGCCGAAUGCAGGUCUUGCCAAUGUCACGGCCACUUUUAUGAACCUCCUUGGAUUCGAGGCUCCUGAGGGCUAUGAGCCAUCUCCCAUUCUCGUCUGCCUGGCGGCAAUAAUAGUCGCGCUGGGCUUGCUCACCGCCACUAGCGUCAGCCAGUCAACGAUUUUCGGCGAAACCGUUAGUAGUGCCGGCUUUUCUGCCGUUAGAGGCGAGAUGUCGCCGCACGGAGCGCCGUUGAGUGGUAGCGUUGAGAGCAGCAGUCCUGGCAGCUUGAGCAAUGGCAGCGGUAUUCUCAUUCCUAGGUGCGACCAGCGGCAGUACGAAGCGCUGGAGCUACCUAACGGGCUCACCGUGCUGCUUAUAUCGGAUCCCGAAACUGAUAAGGCUGCAGCGGCCAUGGAUGUGGGAGUGGGAUCGCUGAGCGAUCCGGACGAUGCGCCUGGCCUCGCUCAUUUCUUAGAGCACAUGCUCUUCUAUGCUAGCGAGAAGUACCCUAUCGAGGACAGCUACAGUGACUUUCUUAACAAGCACAGCGGGCGGUCGAACGCGUACACGGCAGCAGAGAACACCAACUACCAGUUUGACGUGGCUGCUGAGUUCCUGGAUGAAGCGCUCGACAGGUUCGCCCAAUUCUUCAUCUGCCCGCUCAUGUCAGCUGAUGCCACCAACCGCGAAAUCAAUGCGGUGCACUCAGAGCACACCAAGAACCUGAUUUCCGACCCCUGGCGGAUCAACCAGCUUCAAAAGAGCUUCUGCUCGCCCCAGCACCCCUUCUACAAGUUUAACGUUGGAUCGCUGGAGACGCUCAAGGAGGUGCCAGAAGCGAAUGGGAGGGACAUACGGCAGGAGCUGAUCACCUUCUAUGACAAGUACUACUCCGCCAACCUCAUGCACCUCGUCGUCUAUGGCAAAGACUCCCUCGCAUCGCUGCGGUCCAUGGUGGAGAGUCGCUUCGCCCUCAUUCCCAACAAGGUUCUGCAGCAGCCUGAGAUCCCUGCCGACCCCUGCGGUCCCGAAUACACCAAGAGGCUAGUGCGGGCUGUGCCAGUGGCGGAGGGGCACAAGCUGGAACUUAUUUGGCCCACCCCAGCCGACCAGCACUUGCACCGCGCCACGCCCACGCGCUACCUGGGGCACCUCAUUGGGCACGAGGGGCAUGGGUCGCUCUUUGCACUGCUCAAGAAGAAAGGCUGGGCCACGGCACUGGGAGCAGGGCGCAGCCACAGCAGCAAGCACUACGCCUUCUUUGCUGUCAACAUUGACCUCACAGACCUGGGCCAUGAGCAUGCAAUGGAGGUGGCGGAGCUGGUGUUUCGCUACAUCGGGCUCAUCCAGAGCGGCCAGGGCAUCCAGAAGUGGAUCUUUGAUGAGCUGGCAGCGGUAUGUGCCACCAAGUUCCACUUCCAGGACAAGCAGCAGCCCUUCUUCUACACGUCGGCCAUUGCUGCUGGCAUGCAGCUGUACCCGCGGGAGGACUGGCUGGCAGGUGCCUCUCUGCCGCGCGACUUUGACCCCAAUGCUCUAGCUGACCUGGCCAAAGCGCUCACUCCCGACAACGUGCAGAUCUUCUGGCUGUCGAAAAAGUUUGAGGCGGAGGCAACAGAGGAGGAGCGCUGGUACAAGACAAAGCACUCCGCCCAGACCAUUCCAGACGACUUGCUGCAGCGUUGGAGGGAUGCAGUCACAGCUGCUCCUGAUGCUGCUCUCUCGCCUCCUGCCACCACGCCUCCUGUGCCCACUGCUGCGGCAGCUGCUGCUGCUGCUGCUUCACCCAGUGACGGUGCAGCAGCUGCGGCAGGCGAUGGUGGGAGCAGCAGCGAGCUGCAUCUACCAGCACCCAACGAGUUUGUACCCACCGACCUCGAUGUUCUCACACCGCCCACUGGCAAGGUGUCCCCCCCCACAGUCAUCCACAGCACCCCCAUGCUGCGCCUGUGGCACAAGCCCGACACGCUCUUCGGCCUGCCCAAGGCGGUGCUAUUCAUGCAGCUCGCCUCGCCUGAAGCGUACACUUCCCCCCGCUCCGCCCUCCUCACCCGCCUCUUCGCCUCACUGCUGCAAGACGCCCUCAACGCUUACGCGUACGAUGCUGAGAUCGCUGGGCUCAACUACUCGAUCGUGCCGAGCGUGCAUGGCAUUCAAAUUUCAGCAUGGGGGUACAGCCACAAGCUGCUAGUGCUCGUGUCUAAGAUCAUCGACCGCCUCGUCACCUACACUGUUGAUGCCGACCGCUUCCACGUCAUCAAGGAGAAGGAGCAGCGCGAGUUUGAGAAUUUCCGCUACGACCAGCCGUACGCACAGGCCCUCUACUCCACGUCACUGCUUCUAGCGCACCGCCGCUGGCACUUCUCCGACUACCUCGCUGCGCUUCCCGCCCUGCAGCCAGAACAUCUUGCUGCUUUCCUCCCCUCGCUACUCUCCCACGUCUCCCUCGAGCUCUUCGCCUCAGGCAACAUCGCCCCCACAGACGCAAUCGCCUUUGCCCAGGAGACCGAGUCCCGCCUGCGAUCCAGCCCGAUCGCAGCAGCAGAGCCCCCCGUGCCGGCACAGUGGCCUGAGAUGCGCAUGGUGCGGCUGGGCGAUGGCAGCGCGGCUGUGCUGGCUGGUGAUAACCUCAACCCUGACGAUGAGAACUCUGCUCUCGUCUUCUACCUGCAGGUGUGUCAGGACGGGGAGACCAUGGUCCUGCCAGCAGCUCCAGAGCCCGGCAAGGGAGAAGCCGGCACGGGGGAAGCGACACAGGCGGUGGCACCAGAGGCCGAGGGAGGAAGCGCGAACGGCGGGCUGACCGUGGAGAAGCCGAGUGGGGAGGCAGGGGGGGUGAGCGUGAGAGCGCAUGUGGUGGCGCAGCUGCUGGUACAGGUGCUGGAGAGGGACGUGUUUUACGAGCUGCGCACUGUGCAGCAACUGGGGUACAUCGUGUUCCUCAUGUCUCGGAACGAGAAUGCAGUUCACGGCAUCACCUUUAUCAUCCAAUCAAACGUCAAGUCGGCAAGCGACCUGGAUGGGCGGGUGGAGGCGUUUCUGCAGGCAGCAGAGAGCAAGCUGGCCGGUAUCAGUGAGGAGGAGUUCCAGACCCAUGUGGCAGCGCUGGUGGCGAAGAAGCAGGAGAGGAAGAAGAAUCUGGUGGAGGAGGCGAAUGUGAUGUGGAAGGAGAUAGACGAUGCAAUGCUGGCCUUUGACCGCAUUGACCAGGAGGUGGCGGAGCUCCGUUUUCUGCGCCCAUCCCACGUGGCACAUUUCUUUGCCACCGUGGUGAAGCAAGGCGCGCCCAAUAGGAGGCUUCUGAGUGUGCAGGUGCAGAGGCAUGAGAAGGGAGCUGCACCAGAGGAAGCAGCAACAACCUGUGCAGUGGAAAGUUCCCCUGAACCUGCUGUCAAUGGCUCAGCCAGGGCUGCUCCUGUCUGUGCUGUAAACCCAGUAGCUGAAGCAAGUGAGUCUGGCAGCAUAAAGGAGGGGGUGGCGUCUGCAUUAAGCGAGGAGAGGAGGGAGGUUAUUGAGAACAUAUACGAUUUCAAGCGCUCCCAAGCUCUAUACCCUUCGCUCAAGGGAAGGGCAAUCCCGCCUUCAAUUGUAUCAUCAUCGUAA